GGCAAAAACACGUGCUUACACUGCCAAUCAAUUCCUGCUAUAGACAAACUGGUUCUGCACAAGGGAGCUAAACUCAAUCAACAACAAAGGAUUGAAUUGUGCAAAGAUGUGACUCCAGCAGAGAAAGCAUGGCCUAUUGUUAAGGAUGAAGUCACUGGAGCUGUUAUGGAGUUUUUUACCACUGGGAAACUGUAUAGAGCCAUAAACUGCACAGCCAUAACCUUGGUUCCCAAGGUUCCUAAACCUAAAACUAUAAAAGAGUUCAGAACUAUUGCAUGUUGCACUAUACUAUACAAAAUGAUAUCCAAGAUUCUGGAAGCAAGGAUACAAGGCAUUAUUAGUACAAUCAUCAAUGAAUCUCAAGCAGGGUUUAUACCUGGGAGAAAGAUUGCAGAUAAUAUUCUAUUGGCGCAUGAAUUGGUGAAGGCUUAUACUAGGAAAAACAUAUCUCCUAGAUGUAUGAUAAAGAUAGAUCUUCAUAAAGUCCAUGACUCUGUUGAAUGGCCAUAUAUGAAACAAGUUAUGGAAGAGUUAAGAUUUCCUCAGCUAUUCACAUCUUGGGUUAUGGAAUGUAUACAGACAGUUGAUUACUCUAUUGUAGUUAAUGCUGAGCCAACUAAACCUUUCAAUGCUGCGAAGGAUUGA